AACGUUACACAUCGGGUAACCAAGAUCUGUUUGCUCGCGGACAGCCAAACUAGCUACCAGCUAAUUCAGAAACACCAUUACCACCAAUACGCGCCAACGAUCGAGCGAUGAGCUCUCCAAUAUAUGUACACAUAUAUACCUACAUCUACCUGUACUCCAUCCAGCUGUUUCAACAUACACAGCCAACUGCACAAAUUAAGUUCGAGGAAAUAACAUUAAAUAUUCCACCAAAUAAUCCCUACAUUGGAGAUAUGACAGUUGAAAUAAUUAGUCCUGGAGAUAUAUUUUCAGUAAAAUUUUCAAUCAAAAAAGAUUUUCCUGAAAAUAUGAAGUUUUCUUUCAGUGUUGAAUUUGAAGAAGUUGAAGUAUCUAAAUUUGACAUGUUCGUAUGUGAAGCGAUGGAUGAAAAAGUUAAAGUUAAACCUGUUCUUGAACGUGGAUUACCCGUUGGUAAAUUUCCUACAGGUUGUCCUGUCAAAGCGGGUAAUGAUUUUGAAAUGAGAGAAUUUCAAAUCCAAUAUGAUUCAAUACCACCAGAAUUCCCAGUCGGUACAUUUUUUACUCAGAUUGUAAUAUUCGAAGCUGGCAAGGAUCCGUAUGGAACCGCCAACGUUGAUUGGUCAUUUUAUCACGAAUUAUCUGCAGUUACUAAAAUACCUGAACUUCCUAAAAUACCUGAAGCACCUGGUAUACCUGGAAUUGGUCGUUAGUUUUUGAUUAAUUCUUGUUUUUAUUUCAUUCAUGUUGACGAUGUCAAUAAUUACUAUACUAUUAUAUCUUAUGGGUUUUGUGGGUUAUUUAGUAGUUAUUUAGUGGUUAUAAAUAUUAUUUAUCUUGUGGGUUUUUCAGUGGUUAUAAAUAAAUAAUUAUAAUAUAAAUAAUUAUUUAUGUAGAUAAAUAAAUCAGUUAUGC